CAGAGUCACUAUUCCCUCUGUGUUACAAGCUGUCCCAGCGGAGACAUAAUCUUUGCUGUCCUGUAAAUUGCUCUAUAGACCAGGGUGGCCUUGAACUCAGAGAUCCGCCUGCCUCUGCCUCCCGAGUGCUGGGAUUAAAGGCGUGCGCCAGCACCCGGUAUAAUCUUGACUUUAGGACUCAUUUCCCAAGGACUCGGGGAGGCUUUUGGGGGAAGGGAAUAGAAGUUAAUUAGUCCGUGCUCUGGGAGAAGUUGCAAAGCCGAGUUGCAGGGAUCAGACGUAUUAGGAAUUAUGUGGUGGGAGGAGUCUCAGAUCCUUCUCCAUUCUGUCUCAUGAAUUUAUCUAAAUCAAUUUAGACAUUAAAAUAGAUUCUUUCAAACUGGGCCAGUGGUGGCCAUGUCCAAUUGAGAUCAGAUUUGAACUGGGAGCCGAACAAGUAUGGCUGAGUUUAGGUCUCCUAAAUGGAGAUUUUUUUUAGAUUAGCCCACAUAGACACUAAGAAUGUAUAAUUUGGAACCCAGGGUCGGUGCGGAACCAGACAUCUGGAGGCAUUCCUCGGGUUUCUGAUAGACCAAAAGUGCAUGGAAGGUAGGAGGGGCGUCCCCAGAUCAGGAGUCAGGUUCUCCCAGGCUGUGGAAAGUUCUCACAACUUUCACCUAAGUCUUGCAGGCGCUGGGGAGAAUUCCUGGGACUCUGGAUUGAGCGAGCUUUGUGUGUGGAAAGCUCCCAGAAGCAUCGACCCCGCAAGUCUCAAGAUGAGAUAGAUCGGUCCUUCCCUGAGCCUCUGUGGCCUAACGAGGGACCCGAAAUCGGACUAAGAGGAGGACGCUUGCACUUUAGCCAGGAACUCAGUUUCCAUGGCAACCAGCUGGAAGCUUGGCCUCUGACAGCCCGGGCAUCUCUAUGGUUUCUGUGUCCUAGAAGGACCGAAGUGCACUUCCGGGAAGAUGGCGACGCCCACGCCUGGCGUGACACGUGCUUCCACGGAGAGGAUCGCACACUGAAGAGGAUGGUACCACGUCUUCCCUGGUGAGAAUCUGAGGACAAAGACUCUGCCCACCAUGAGUGUCACCCCAAAGGUCAAGAGUCGCGGGAUGAAGUUUGCUGAAGAGCAGCUGCUAAAACAUGGAUGGACUGAAGGCAAGGGCCUGGGCCGGAACGAGAAUGGCAUCACCCAGGCCCUCAAGGUGACGCUGAAGCAAGACACCCAUGGGGUGGGACAUGACCCUGCCAAGGAGUUUACAAACCACUGGUGGAGUGAUCUCUUCAACAAGACUGCAGCCAGCUUGGUAGUGGACACAGGGAAGACAGCCACACUGACCUCAGGUGAAGAGAAGCCUGACAGAGCGAGCAGCAGUGAUGACAGCCACGAGCCUCUGCCUCCAACGAUUCUGACUGAUGAGAUGCUACUCAAAGCCUGUAAGGGGCGAACAGCACACAAGGCUGCCCGGAUUGGAAUCACAAUGAAGGCCAAACUUGCUCGCCUGGAGGCCCAAGAGCAGGCCUUCCUGGCUCGGUUCAAAGGCUCAGAGGAUGUGGGCACCUCUCAUCCACAGACUGACAGGGAGCCCUCCCGAAAGAAGAAAAAAAAGAGGAAACAGAGAGAGGAGGAAGAGGCAGUAACACCUGAAAAGAAUGUAGGUGAGGCACUCCUAGAAUACACUGACCAGAGCGUUAAGAAAAGCAGGAAGAAGAAACGGAGGCAGAAAGAAGAGAAAGACGGAAUGGCUGUAGGAAGUGGUGAGGAAGAGGCUGAAGGAGAAAGUGGGCCUAGAGAGCUGAGCACAGUGCAGUCUGAUCAGUCAUCUAGGAAAAAGAAGAAAAAGAGGAGGCAGCGCCAUGAAGAAGAGGAAGAGAUGGAAGUCUGUGAUAAAGGAGGCAGAAAUGUGACAGGCAGGCCAAAGGCAGUGGACAGUGGUGCAGGCACAGACCCGUGGAGAAGCAACAAGAAGCUGCAGCACUGUGGGGAGGACCUGGACACCCAAGAUGAAGAAGAGAAGGAUGGCCUAACAAAGAGAGAGAGAAAGGUCAGAAGAGGCAAGAAGAAAAGACAGAAGUGUCUUGAGGAGGUGGUCUUGGAUGUAAGCGAUAAAGAUCAUGAUGGCAGGACUUGGGAAGUAGAGAAUGAAGGGGAGAGAAGUCAGGCACAUCCAAAGGAGAGAGCUGACAUCAACACUGACCAGAGAGCCAAGAAGAAGAAGCAGAAGAGGGACCGGAGGUCUCCAGUGCAGCCCUGCUGAUUCCUCUUCAGGAGUAGCCUGGGUUUGCCCCUCUGCAAACAGCUAAGGAGCACCAGUCCGCUGAAGGGGAGACAUUCCCUGAACAAUGUCCUGUCCAAAAAGUACAGACCCUGGUGCCUAGCUAAAGGAUGGUGGGAGAGAAAUUAGGAUAGGGGUUUCUAUUUGAAGAAGUGUCUCUGGUAAAAGUCUGAAAAUGUAGACAUAUGUGAAAAGACUGUUUGUUUUGUUUUUUGAGACAGGAUUUCUCUAAUAUAGCUCAUGCUUUCCUAGAACUCAGAGAUCCACCUGCCUCUACCUCGGCCUGUACUAAUAUACCCUGCAGAAUGUCUUCAUUUCUAAAUACUGUGAAGAUUAAGAAAAGCAUACAUUUGGAUGUAUGGGCUGGGUUAGCCUUCCAGACUGCCUGUUUCUAAUCAUGAUUACAUAAGAGCUUGGCCCCCAAGCCUAUAGGUCAUUCCCAGUUAACAUCAUUUCCAGCAUGUGACGUUCUGAAAACAAAUUAGACGGCCCUUGGAGACUUUUGAAGAAACUCUGUUACCCUCUUGGGGUCUCGCUACAAUGCUAAGCUGAGUUUGUUUAGAGGUAUCAUCUACCUCCCUGCGUAUCACAAAUAAGUAAGAAUCUUUCAUUCCUGGGUAUGGAGUUAUUUUCUAUUGCUUACAAAUGCCUGGUCUGUUUUCGCAAACAAAGUGUAGCCUGCUGAUAAUUACUAAGGCCAGAAGACUCCAGUUUGAAGAGAGACGGCACCAAGCCUUUAUUAGAAACCUGCCCGCCCACCUCCCUUACUGUAGACGGUAGACACACUCUGUGUCAGGGUAGGAUGGGAGGUUUAGCUGGUACUUCUUUUCUA